AUGCCGUCCGAACGCGAUAUCCGUGCUCGUAACGAAAAGUUUGCCAAGAAGGCGCGCGAGACGCAGAACGUGCGCGGCGCAGGUGGCGCUGCGCGUGGUCUCGUGCACAAGUCGCAAGAAGCGAAGCGCGACGAGCAGUCGCCGUCGUACGUGCGCUACCUCGCCCUCUUUUGCCUGCUGGUCCUCGCGGGCGGACUGAUCCUCGAGCUGAUCUAUGUGCUUUUCCGUGCCUUGUAG